UGAAAUUUUUCAUAGAGAGCAGAAAGUCGUGACUCAUAAACCAUUAAAAAUGAGCUAUUAAUGGAGAUAAAAUGGAGAUUCAGACAAACAAAAACUGUAGCAGCUACUGCCCUCUGAAUCUUCUCCUCUUCCUCCUCUUUCUGCCCCAAACCAACUUACGGAUUCUUUUAUGGAACAACUUCCAUUCUUGAUUUAGUACUUCCGUCUCCCUCACUCACCCAGUAACCGCUACCAUCUCUCUUUCUCUCUCUCUCUCUCUCUCUCUCUCUCUCUCUCUCUCUCUCUCUCUCUCUCUCUCUCUCUCUCUCUGCGAAUACUAUUCUAUUUGCUUAAGGAGAUCUAUCGUCAAAGUGAAAAGAGAAGGGAUAAUAUGACUUUGCAUCUGCUGUGUUUAAAAAAUUCUGGUCUCCAACUGCACUUGUUCUGCUCAAAGAAUGGCAGCGGUCUCCACAACCAUCUGUGCUCCAAGAGCACUCCAUUUCUUCAUUCAACUGCCUUCUCCAGACGGUACAUCAACUUCCAGAGGAACCCCAGAAUCAGAUACAUCACCCUCACACCGAAAUUCCUGCCCUCUGCCUCCUCUCUGGCUUCCUUCAGGGAAGAAGAAGGUCACGAUGCCCCGGCCUCUGCUGUGCCCAGGCAGGAGGAGGAGACGCAAGGGAUGGCGAGGGCUUUCAACGUGUCGUCCCGGACGGCGACGGCCGUUUCUGUGUGCAUUUCCAUGGCUGCCCUGAGCCUGCCCCUGGCGAUGUCCUCACUUGGGCAGGGCAUGGGGCUAAGGAACAAGGUUCUAUCCUAUGUCACUUUGCUGUCCGGGUUCUACAUGGCGUGGAACAUCGGCGCCAAUGACGUAGCCAAUGCAAUGGGGACGUCGGUGGGAUCGGGGGCGCUGAGCCUGCGGCAGGCGGUCCUGACGGCCGCAGUGCUCGAGUUCUCCGGUGCCUUCCUGAUGGGAAGGCAUGUUACCAGCACUAUGCAGAAGGGGAUCCUUAUGUCCAGCGUCUUCCAGGGGAAGGAAAACCUUCUGUUCGCCGGAUUGUUGUCUUGCUUAGCUGCCGCAGGCACCUGGUUGCAGGUUGCUUCUUUCUAUGGCUGGCCAGUGUCCACCACACACUGUAUAGUAGGGGCAAUGGUGGGAUUUGGACUGGUCUAUGGUGGAAUUGGUGCAGUUUUCUGGACAUCGCUAGCAAGGGUAGCUUCUUCGUGGGUGAUCUCGCCUGUCAUGGGAGCUGCAGUGUCCUUCAUUGUCUACAAAUGCAUUCGGAGGUUUGUGUACAGUGCUCCAAACCCAGGCCAAGCAGCAGCAGCAGCUGCUCCAGUUGCAGUUCUUAUUGGUGUCACUGGCAUCUCCUUUGCUGCUUUCCCCCUUAGCAAGAUUCCAGUUCUUGCAUGCCUGCAGGCACUUGCGUGUGGCAUAGUAGGUGCAGUUCUUGUAAGUAAAGUCAUCCACAGACAACUUGGUCACCUUCUCUAUUCUGAUGGUGCACCGAAAGGCGAAACUAGAAGCCCUCAGAACGUAGGUUUCCUGUCCGAUAUUGCCGGUCCCACUGGCACUGAGCUGGAGAUUGUCUAUGGUGUCUUUGGCUACAUGCAGGUUUUAUCUGCUUGUUUCAUGUCCUUUGCCCAUGGAGCAAAUGAUGUGUCAAAUGCUAUUGGCCCAUUGGCAGCUGCAUUAUCAAUUCUCCAUGGUGGCGCCUCUGAUGCUGUAGUCAUGAUCCCAACUGAUGUCAUCGCUUGGGGUGGAUUUGGUAUAGUUGCUGGAUUGUUGAUAUGGGGAUACAGGGUAAUUGCGACGAUUGGUAAAAAGAUAACAGAGUUGACUCCGACCAGAGGUUUUGCAGCAGAGUUUGCUGCUGCAUCAGUGGUGUUGGUGGCAUCAAAACUCGGCCUUCCAAUAUCUGCAACCCAUACUCUCGUUGGGGCAGUCAUGGGGGUCGGUUUUGCCAGGGGACUCAACAGUGUGAGGGCAGAGACUGUUCGAGAAAUUGUUGCAUCAUGGGCAGUCACCAUUCCUGUUGGUGCAUUGUUAUCAGUUUGUUAUACUGCAAUCCUAACAAGGCUACUAUCAUUCUCCUUGUAGAUCAAGUGGUGUAAUGUAUUGGUUUCAGAGGAUUCCUAAGCUCUAAGGUACAGGAGGACAGUUCUGUUUCAAAGUUUUCAGUUUUUUGUUUUGUUUGUUCAACAUGUGAUAUUUUUCAUGUUGUGACGGCUGGAAUCUGGAGGAUCAACUUGAUCAAAUGAAUGGUCACUCGCUCAGAAUUUCUAAACUAUGGAACUGAUAUUUGAUGAUUCGAUCAAUAUUUCUAAAUGCAGAAGAUGGUACAUAUAAAUAGAAGAAGAGCUCUAGCAAAGCGCUUAUCACC